AUGACGUCAAAAGCUCAAGAUUCAAAACAAAUUCGAAUUAUGCUUCGAGCAUUCGUCGGAGCAGCUAUUCCAAUGUCACCAUAUUUUAUUAUGACUGGACUACCUGAUCAAACAGUGGACUAUGUUUAUGAUCGAGUACAUACACCCGAUGGAAAAUUUAUGAAACCAAAUCAAAAUUAUGGAAAUAUGAUCGUGGAGAUUUUAAUGCGUUUUAAAAUAACAAAAGUAAUGGAACGAGCAAAAAACUUUGAUAUUCGUACAUUUAUUCAUAGUGGUGGAGAUUUUCAUCUUUACGGUCAUUUUACACCAUUAUUCAAUGGUAAUCGAUACUUAAUGAUACCACAAUGGUCAAAUUUAACAAAUUUUAACGAAUUAAAAAAUUUGAAAAUUGACUAUUAUGGACAUACAUUUGAUUUUUCAAAAUUUGAUUUAUCACAGAUUGAUCAAACUAAAUUUCAAUUUCAACGUCAAACAUCAUUGCUAACGAACAAGGAACAGUCAGUAGUACAAACGCCAAAUACGAAAGAAAAGAAAGAAGAUGAAAUAAAAAAAACGACUUGGGCAAACAGAUUAUCGGGCUGGUUUGGAUUUAAAAGGCCAGAAACAAACGACGAACUUAAACGGCUAGAAACUCCGACUCUCCAACCAGUUUUACAUUUACAACGAUCUCAAGAAACCAUUGAUCUUGAAGAAUUAAUUGGGACAUUAUGUUUAUCGGAUGAAGCUAAAAAAUUUGCUAUUAGUGAUCAAAUUCAAUUGUCAACUAGUAUAACACGUUUUAUCCCAUGGAUGUUAUGUACAACAAUUGCAUUUAGUUCACCAUUUUAUCUUUACUAUUCGGGACGUUUACAAUUUAAAACGCGAACAAAACGUUAUUUAUUUUUUACUUUUUGUCUAGCUCAUUCUAUUUUAUUCGUUUAUUUUUCUCCGUUAGCUGUUCGUAAAAUAAAUCAGCAAUUUCAAACUUUACGAGAUAAAUCAACUGUCAUGCAUGGAUUAGAUUUAUUUGAAGGAUCGAUAGAAUAUUUAGAAAAAAAAUUAAAACGUCAGCAAAUAUUACGAAAAUAUUUACAAAAUGGUGAACAGUUAUUUAAUGAAGAUGGUGAACAAAAAAAGAUUAAAAUUAAGCUAUUUGGUUCGGAACAAUGGAAACUACCGUUUUAUACUUAUCAAUCACCGUUAAAAAGCCGUUUAAGAACUUUGAAUAAUAGAUUAACACAAUUACUUACUAAUGAUGAAAAGGAUAUAGAAAAACUAUUUUCUAUAUCUCGCUCAGAUACGCCAUCAAAUGCAUCACAACAACCACAGCAACAAUAUCCAUUUUUAUCUGCACAACAACGAGCUCUUUCAUCUUCCGGACCCCUUUCUACUACACAACAAGAUAAUCAUUCAGUUUCAAAUACAUGA